CCAGCCCGCCGCUCUUCUCCCGCAACCGGGUUCACCGACCGUUUUCACGGCGCAGAAAUAUCUUCCCCUCCCCUCCCCCUGCGCUUCCAUUUCCACCCAACAGCAACAGCAGCAAGUAUCCUAGAGAGUUUCCCUCCGCUAUUCGCCACUUGUCCGGGCGAUUCCAGCUCCUGAUCGCGCGAAUCGAGUUCGUUCUUGGCCGCAGGAGCCGGGUUCUUGCUGCAAUCGGGGGUUCUUGGUUCCCGCGGGCCGAGUCCUUGGGCCUCGGCCGCGGCCAUGGAGCCGUCGGCGGCGGCCGCGGGCAUUGUGAAGGAGGAGCUCCUGGAGCAGCAGCCGCUGCAGGACGGCGUGCGCCUCGGCGGCGGCGGCGGGGACGCGCCGCGCCCGAUGGAGGGGCUCCACGAGGUCGGCCCCCCGCCGUUCCUGACCAAGACGUUCGACCUGGUGGAGGACCCGGCCACCGAUACCGUCGUCUCCUGGAGCCGCGCCGGCAACAGCUUCGUCGUCUGGGACCCGCACGUGUUCGCCGACGCGCUGCUCCCGCGCCUCUUCAAGCACAGCAACUUCUCCAGCUUCGUCCGACAGCUCAACACCUAUGGCUUCAGAAAGGUUGAUCCUGAUAGGUGGGAGUUUGCAAACGAAGGUUUCCUCAGGGGUCAAAGGCACCUACUGAAGACAAUAAAGAGAAGGAAGCCACCAUCAGCUGUGCCACAAUCACAUCAGCAGCAGACUUCCGCUUCUUGCCUGGAGGUUGGUGAGUUUGGAUUUGAGGAAGAGAUUGACAGGCUGAAGCGCGACAAGAACAUCUUAAUCACAGAAGUAGUAAAGCUAAGGCAGGAGCAGCAAAGUACUAAAGAUCAUAUGAGAGCCAUGGAAGGGAGGCUACGUGUUGCUGAGCAGAAGCAGGUACAGAUGAUGGGGUUCUUGGCAAGAGCAAUGCGGAAUCCAGAGUUCUUCCAGCAGUUGGUCCAGCAGCAAGAUAAGAGGAAGGAACUUGAGGAUGCCAUCUCAAAGAAAAGAAGGCGACCGAUUGACAACACUCCGUUCUACAGCCCUGGGGAAACAAGUCAGAGCGAACAGCUUGAUUCACAGUUCAUGUUCGAUUCUGGUGUGCUUGAUGUGCUCAGUGAACCUGGAAUGCCUGAACUGGAGAAUUUAGCAGUGAACAUUCAGGAGCUAGGAAAGGGUAGUACAGAUGGUGCAAAGAUGGAUCAAGCUAAUGGACAGUCAGAGCUGAAUGAUGACUUCUGGGCAGAGCUAUUGAUCGAAGAUUUUGGAGACAAGGCAGGGCAGUCAGAGUUGGAUGGAAGACCUGAAGAUGUGGAGGACCUUGCUCAACAACUGGGGUAUCUGAGUUCUUCUAGCCCAAAGUAGAGUUGUGUUCAUAUUGGUUCACCCGACAAUUGCUGGUGCUUUCUGUACUAUUGCAGAUCAUCUUGAACAACCUGUUAAAUGGUGGAGAUUUAUGGCUGUUCUGAGGUGUUCAUGUGGGAGGCCCAGACCGUGGACACAACUAUGCUGAAGGCUCCGUGCUGUGAGAGACUCGUGAGGUGUUGGCUAACCUCUCCAUGCUGUGGCAAAGUGAUCCUAAUGAUGGUGACUGGCAAAGUGAUCCUAAUGUCGUCAGUUUCUGCAUUGGGUUGUAGCCGUUAGGUUGAGUACUUGAGUCACUCUGUGAUUGGUGUAACCUGAAGACAUCCUUAGCUUGCUGUUUAGAUAUUAAGCAUGAUGUUUGGUUCACUGUGCGUCAGGUUGCAAAAUAAGACCAGAUCUGAACGAUUUAGCAUAUACUCUUCCUGAUGCCAUCAUGUUUUUCUGGACUCCUACCUGUGUACAGUCUGCAGUUUCUUUGCAUUUGGUAACAGCCCAACUCUUGUCUCA